AUGAAUGGAAACUUGUAUAACAAUUAUAGAGGUGGUCGGAAUCACAUUCCAUUCAUUGGUUUCAGUCCGGGACCUUUUAACUAUAAUUACCCAAUUCCUCUUUAUUGGACUCCGUUCAACUACAACUACCCAAUUCCUUAUCAAAAUCCGGCAACUUAUACGGAUAGUAGGCCCUUACUACAUCAAAUGCGGCCACAAUAUGUUGAUAACAGACACUUACCACAUCAAAUGCUGACGUACUAUUAUGAUCCGAGCCACUUAGCACAUCCAAUGCCGGCACACUGUUUUGGUCCGAGGCUGUUACCAAGUCAAAUGCCAGAACACUAUGUUGAUAAGGGGCCUUUACCACAUCAAAAUCCGGGAGACUACGUGGAUAACAAGUGCUUACCUCAUCAAACGUCAGAAGAAUGCUAUGCUGAUAAGAUGAACUUACAACAACAAUCAUCUGAUUUGCCUCAACAAACACCUGAGGACUAUGUUGAUAAGAAGUGCUCACCGCAUCAAACGCCGGAGCCAACUAUUCCUGCUGUAGCCACGCCACAACGUGCACACUGUGAUAUUUGUGGUGUUGUGUUUCCUCUCAAGAAUUUGGAAUCGCAUAAUAAUGGAAAGAAACAUCAAAGAAUGUUAAUAGAACUACGUGAGCAACCAGCGGAAAGUAAAACUUCAAAUGGAGAAGAGAGUAUACAUAUUCAAAAGUCUCAAAAGAAUCCAGUAGUUCAACUUAAGAAAGUUCCAAAAUCUAAGAAAGUUAGGUGCCUUGUAAAAAAUACGAAUCACAAAGCUCCUAGAUUCGAGUACAAGGAAGUUCCAGUGGAAGGUUCUAAAAGGAAACUCAGGUCUCACACUGGUGCAAAGGAUCGUGAUUUCAAGGUAGAGAAUGUGAAACACGAACCUCCUAGUUUCCAGAAAAAGAAAGUAAGAGCUGUCAAGUCUAAAAGGAAAGUCAGGGAUAACACUGAUGCAAAGGGUCAUGGAUCCAAGUGCGAGACAGGAGAAGCACCAGGAGGUAAGUACAUGAAGAUGGAUAAUGGGAUAAGGUCUGUAAAAAAUGAUCAGCCACAAUCAACUCCAGUUGAGUUGAAUGCCUCAGCAGGCUCGAAUAUUAGCACCGAGACAGAAUAUAUAUUUUGUGAUUUUUCUGCAACAGUAACACCAGAAGUCCCUGCAACUUCUCAAGAAUUCACACCACCACCAGCAGUGGAAUCAAGUUUUGAACCCUCAAGUCAGAGCAAUUCACCGACAGAAGUAGAAGAAGGGGAAGAACAUCUCGAGGUUCAGGAUUGUGGCGUGGAAACAAAUGAUCAGCCACACUCAAUCUCAAUGAAGUUUCAUGGCCCUGCAGGUUGUUCUGAUAUUAAUACCUUGAUUGAAGAUACAUGUCCUGAUUCUGGUGCAAUAGUAUUAGCAACACCACAAUCUCCUAUUGCUUUUCAGGUACCUACACCAGUAGACAUUAUACAGACAGAAAUGUUUGAGAGCGAAGUUCAUAAUGAGGUUCAGAAUGACAUUGUUGAUUCAAAUGAUCAACAACGUUCGAUCUCAAUGGAGUUGCAUGACCCUGAUGGUUCCAUAACUAACAACCAAACCGAAAUUGUGAAUUUUGGUUCAGCAGCUAUAGAAAUAGUUAUAGAACCACUUGCAUCAGCACGGCCAGAUGCAGAGGGGUCAUGUUUUGAGCCCGUGACUGAAUGUGGUCUACAUACUGAAACAGAACCUCAAGUAUUGGAAGCCGUAGAAUAUAUUGAGAGCCAGCAUCCUACUGAGGAAACAGAUAUUGAACUGCUACCACCCGUCUUAAUUGAGAUUGAUACCGCUUCUGAGGUCAGUGUUGAAAUUGAAACUGAAGACGGAGGUCUCCAAGUGGAAGUGGAGAUGGAUGUUCUCAUUGGUGAGUUGGGGAAAGUUCAUUUGCCUCAGGUAUCUGUUUGUCUUACGUGUGGCGAUGAAGGCUUUGAAGAGACAAUAGUAUAUUGCAACAAAUGUGGAGAUUAUGCAAUGCAUAGGUAUUGUUUAAAGGGUCCUGUGGUUUUUACAGACAAAGUUAUUUGGUUUUGUGAGGAUUGUGAAGAAGAGAUAUUAGACACAGAUUAUCCAGACUGCGAAACUGCAGAUUCAGAAAGAUGUGAAGUUGAUUCCAGUGAGAAAUGUGUUACUUUUGUUGACCCACAACCUAUUGUUGAUCCAAUCUGGAGGGGAAGUUUGCAGGUUUUCAACAAAAGCUUUGAUAAAAUCACUAGACUUAUGGGAUAUUUGUCCACUUUAGCAUGCCCUAAAGUUCUCGAGGAGACAAGACAUCUCCCUAAUGUGCUUUAUGGAGACUUGGUUCAAAGACCAGUUGCGUGGCCAGAGAGUUUCAAGAAAUUUGGAACAAAUAACCUGAGCAUAGGCCUUUAUUUCUUUCCUCAAAAUGAAAGGGUUGAGAGAUAUUAUGACCAACUAGUUAAUGAAAUGAUUUCCAAUGAUCUUGCCAUAAGAGUUUGGGUUGAAAAAGCUGAGCUUUUAAUUUUUUCUUCUACAAUGCUCCCAAGCCAAUAUAAGAGAUUUCAAUCAAAGUAUUAUUUAUGGGGAAUUUUUAAAAGAAAGCAAGAACCAUUCAAGAUAUAUGAUACUGGUUUAGGAAAUGAUGCUAGUUACUAA